AUGUCGCAAAACUGGAACAGGUGGGGAAAAAAGUCUUCUUCUAUUUCUUUGAUAGAGGAAUUAGAUAGUGACGGAGAAGAUGCAGAUACGGUGAAGAUGAAAAACGAGCUUGAGAGUCUGGAAAGAGAAGAAGCCAGACUCAAAAUGUUACGAGAGAAAGAGGAGCUUCGCCAGAAACUAAAGAAAAAGAGAGCAGAGGUCAACGCCCUAAAAGGUAAAAGUGAACUUUUUAUCGAUAAACAAACUUCAGUAAAAUCAGAAAUCGUAUCAGAAGUUAUGGCAUCAAAAUUGAAUGUAAACGAUUUGAGACAGUCCAAAAAAUUAAGAAAAGCGGCAAGAAUAGAAGUACAGAAGUUGGGAAUUUUUAGUUCCACUGAGUCUGACACAAGUUCGGAUAGCACCAGUGAUUCGGACAGUACAUCUACAACUUUAGAUUCAGACGACGAUAAAGAUAAUGAGCAAGAUCAUGAUAAUAACGUUUCGAAAUCUAAAAAGAAAAAACGUAAAAAUAAACAUAAGAAAUCAAGUAGACUGUCUGGUAUUGCUAUGAAAUCUUCAGACAGGGUUAAAAACAAACAACGUUACCCACAUGCUCAGUUACGCUAUGAAUUUGUCAGUUGUCAUGUAUCUUUUUAA